GUCUGUGUGUCUGACUUCCGGUUUGAAGCUGUGUGUCGUAAUGUUAUUUGUUUGUUCAAUCUAAUCAUAAUUUUGUCAUAAAUAAACAAAAAAUUCAACAGGUUUGCUAAAACAACAGAAUGAUUAAAUUAUUUUCUUUAAAACAACAAAAGAAAGAUGGUGAAUCUGCACCAGAAAGAGGUAAAAAGUCGUCUGCAGCACAGCUUAGAAUACAGAAAGAUAUCAAUGAACUGAAUUUACCUAAAACAUGUGAUGUUAAUUUUCCUGAUCCUGAUGACCUACUAAGCUUUAAACUGAUUAUUUCACCAGAUGAAGGGUUCUAUAGAGGUGGUCGUUUUGUUUUCAGUUUUAAAGUUGGCCAAGGAUACCCUCAUGAUCCCCCAAAAGUAAAAUGUGAAACAAUGGUUUAUCAUCCUAAUAUAGAUUUGGAAGGAAAUGUCUGCCUUAAUAUUCUCAGAGAAGAUUGGAAACCGGUUCUUACUAUUAAUUCUAUUGUUUAUGGUUUACAGUAUUUAUUCUUGGAACCAAAUCCUGAAGAUCCAUUGAACAGAGAAGCUGCUGAAGUCCUUCAAUCUAACCGUAGAUUAUUUGAACAGAAUGUUUCCAAGUCGAUGCGUGGAGGUCACAUAGGAUCAGUUUAUUUUGAACGAUGUUUGAAAUGAUGAGAAGCUAUUUCUAGGAAUCUAAGAAUCAUGUUUGAACUAUUUGGUAUUCCAUUCAGUGGAUAAUGUUGAAAACCUUCAUAUUUUACUUCUUAUUUGCAAUAUUAUUCUGCUGUAUAGAAUAUGAAAGACAUUAUUUUAUUGGCUAAUAAUUAAAUCCAACUAGCCAUAAUUGUGUGCAACAUGUCAAAUGAUUGGUUGAUAUGUUUGGAACAAGCGAUUUGAUUGGUUUGUUAAUAAUGUGAUAUAUGAAUAUAUAUAUAUGUUAAAUAAUCCAUUUAACUGUCUUUUUUUGUGUCUCUUUUGGAAAAUGAAUGUUUAAUUAAACUCAACUUUUAAUCUUUAUUUCAAAUUAGUUAAAUUGAAUUUAUGAAAAUAAUGGAAUUCUGUACUUUUUCCAUCAGAUAAAAUAAAUUAUUCAUUUAUAUUCACCCACAUUUAAAUAUGGUAGUAUAUUGUUGUUACCUACGUCUGUCCAUCCAUUCGUCGUCCACAAUUGCUUAUACACCAUGUUUAUGUUCACGAGAUGAAGAUGUCUAUUUGUUUCCAGCGAUUUCUGAUAUUUUCUGUCAGAGUUGUGUCGCUAGAUCUUGGGGACGAUCGAGAGGGUAAAGUUAUCAUCUCAUUGACUUGAAAUUGAUACAGUGUUUCUGUUCAAGAGUCUAUUUCUAAUAAUUCAAACAGCUGAAAGGGACAGGUUAUGUUUAUGUCAGCAUUAGGAAGAACUAGGAGACGCUCAAAUUGUAAUUAUUUCUGAUAAUGCUUUUUUUUGCCAUUGAUAGGAUUUUAGUGUCUUACAAAUGAUCCUAUUACCUACAAUAAAAAUAAGACAGCCUUUAUACACUGCUCAGAUGACUUAUCUGCUGUGGGUGUAUGUUUUAUUGCCUGACAACCUAUCUUUACUGUAAAUAUAAUCAGCUCUAUGAUGUGUAAAUGUGUUUAAAGAAUAUGUGAUGUCCUUUUGGCAUGGGUGGGUGUGGGGACUGGGGAAUCUAAGCCAGAUGGCUCCAUAUGAAUAUGAUUGCUCCAAUAUAAAGAUACUUAGAUAUAGUAACCUUUUAAUAAGGAUAGAUAGAUUGAUAGAUAAUUAUUAUUAAUUUAUUUACGUACAUCUGAAAACAUAUAGUACAUGUAUUUGUAACAAUUUAAAUAGGAAUGGUUUCUGGGCAUAAUUGACACAACGUUAUAAAACACAUCUUAGUCUUUUGUUCUGUAAAAUAUAGUUCAACACAUCGCACAAAACGUUUCACAGAUUGACUUCGAUUCAUCAUCUUAAACAGGUGAUUUGACAUAUAUUAUAUGUAGGUAUUAAGGCACCAUAACUAGAUUAUAUGAUAUAUUGUGUCAGGGUAUAAAUGUAAAUACAAUGGACUGAACUGAAGCAUUGAAUAUUGAGCGUAUACUAUAUAAGAUACAAAGACUUUAUUAUACAUACAGGUACUUGACAUUUAAUUUUAUUGUCAUCAACCUGUGGGGUAUAAAGCUAACCCACUCUCCGUGGGUAAAUGAGAACCAUACAAUUCUCUCUUCUCUAUAGCACUCACACAUUAAAGAUGCAUUAUGUAAGAGCUAAAUCUGCCCAUUUCAAGUCUUUAUUUUGGCUUCAAAUGUUAUAUAAACUAUUGUGUAAAUGUUUAUUGACAUGUCAAGUCUGUAAUUAACGCAAUGGAUAAUUGAAAGUUAGACUAUAUUGUCAAGCACUGUUGUUAUGAUAAUGAAAAAUCUAGGCUAGAUCUUGUCAAACCUAACACCCAUAACUUUGCUCAAAAUAUUCAAUUUUCAUUAUCUAUUAUUGAACUAAUAGCAAGAACAGCCAGCUCUAUAUCAAUCUUAAAUAAUGCAUCUUUAACUCCUGGUUUGAAAUAUACAUUGGUAGGGGUUCUGCAAACAAAGGAAAUUUCAAACUAAGUAUGGCAAGAUCACCAUUACCAUUUUGUUUUCGAAGAAGCAAAAGACACACCCUAUAUGUUAUUUGUGCAUCAAUCUGCAUAAGAGGAAACUUUCAUUUUCUGAAUGAAUAGCAUUUUUAAUUAACUCCAUUGGUCAAAAAUUAUUAAUGAUACCUGCUCUACCCCAAAUUUUUCUGAAAUAGGUAGCUUCUCUUUAUCUUGAUUAGUUGCAUAUUUCUGCAUGGUCCUUGUGAUUGUACACAAAUUGAUACUUAAGUGCAGAGGGAGGACUGUAAACAGAUCCAAUAUGUUUGCACGGUCCAGUCAGACCCCUUACCUUCUAAACUGAUGCAUGACCACUGUUUUCAGAUAAUGCAUAUAAGGUCAUUUGGCAUGAUGCAGUUCAUCUUGUCAGAUAAUAAAUCAGCUACUAGAGGGUUGUUUUUGUGCUAGAGAAAUUGGCACAUAUCUACCACCAACAAUAUUCUCCAUCUUUAGAGGUUUCUUUUUAAAAUUUAUUAUAAAAAAUAUGACGAGAGAGAGACCAUACUCACUCUAUCAUUGAUAAUUAGGCCUACUAGAGAAGUUAGUUGAACAAAUGGUCCAAGUUUUCUAGUGCAUGAGUCAGACCAUAUAUAAAUAAUAUACUAUAUGUACAUGUAUUAUAUUAUAAAUGCAAUUAAAGAUAUCCCUUACUUA